ACGCCCCUGCCUUUUCAUACAAACAAUAAAGUCGUGAUUUCAAAAAUGACUGUGAAGUUAAAAAAAAAAAUUAUUCCCAGUUAUUGUACUUUUCAUUUAAACAGAAAUUCAAGAUUUCUUCAUCUGAUCUCUUUGUGCGGUGGUUAGAACUCGUAGCUAGUUUGGGUAAGGUCCCAGGUUCGAUUCUUGGAACAGUUGAGAUAUUUUGCACAGAGAUAAUUUCCUUCGCGGGUCCAGAAUGGGUGUUGUGUUGUCUCUUCACCUCCACUCUGCAGAAGGCAAUGAUGAGCCACCGUGCCAUCAACCUGCCGUGAAAAACCCCCGAGGUACCUGCAUCUACCACAGGUUAUUCAGUAAUACUAACCUGGAACUUAUGAUGCAGCAUUGUGCAGGCCACAUGCGUAUACGUAUUUAAAUUCAACCAAAUAUUCUAAAGAUAACAUGAUGCUGGUGAUGAUGAUACUCAUUUCAGAGCACGGUCUCCACUUGUUCAAAUAUUAUUACAUUGCAUGUUAAAUACUCCUCUUUGUUUUGUACUUGGUGUAUAUUUGUUUUCUUUAUGCAAUUGUCGAUUCUGUGAUUUUAUGUCGUGCCCACCAAACAAGUUCUCUAGCUGUCAGUGGGCAUGUUACAAAAGUAAAUAAAUAAAACAAUGUUUAGCUGAAGGUAGCAAUUCUGUACUCUUUAUUACUGAUACACAAAUUUACGGCAACUUUCUUUACGAUAAUACCUUUGUUUCAUAGUGACAGUCUUGUAUGUAUUUUCAUAUGUUUGUUGUAACUUCCUUAUAAACAUGUUAAAUAUUUAGUUGUUUUAUUCAAAUGGUUAAUAGCUGGUAAAAUAUAAAGUGAAAUUAAUUUUGAAAUUUUUUUUUAUUCCUCAAAAUACUAUCAACAUUUCAUUACCUUUAAGUACGCGAGAAGUACACAGUUUUGUUUAGGCCUACUUGUGUACCUAAAAAUGCACUUCACUUCCAAUUGUGGACGACUUGUGACAUCACUUUUGUGGAAUCAUAUGCAUCUAGGAAAGAGGACCUUUUGCUACAUUGCACAUGGAAACACUUGUGUAUUUUGAAAAUUGAUGUUUUAGUUUUUGAAUUGCCUAUUAAUAUUGGGUUUCAUAAAAUAAUAUACCUAAAUUACAAAUUUUGAUUAAAAAAAAUUUCUUUACAGUCUUUUCAAGUUACCGUAGUAUAUAUGCAUGAACUAACAAGAGUGGCUCCAGGGCUGGCAAAUUUUAUUUUUAUUUCCUCUGAUUUAUAGUGUUCUGUUAAAUAUCUGAACAUUAAAGGGAACAGAAAGAUUAAAUUAUUAGCUUGCAUCAUUUUAAAGUGCUGAUCAAUACCUAUUUGAAUUCUUAAUAUUGUAUCAGGAAAAAACCUUAUUGCCUCUUUUAGUGACGCCAGAAUUUGAUCAUAAGAAUUCGUAAAACUUACCGGAGGUUAAUUUAAGGAAUGAAAUUUAAACUUUUUAAAGAUAAAUAAGCACAAAACAUAGUUGAAAUUGAAGUUUUAGAUUUGCUUAAAAAUGUUGUUUGAAAGGGUUUAUUUUUCAAAUUUAUCCGGUCCAGAAACACCCAACCCUCGGUUAGUCCCCUUUUCAAAAUAUUAUGUUCCCGUUAAAGUAAAUGGCCUACGGCCUCGCAAAGUCUCGGGCUGACACUGUGAAUGUAUUGUAUAGUUUCUUGACAGGUUCAAAAUUGGCUGAAUUGUUCCAAAUUACAAUUAUAAUCAAAAGUCUAUGACAUACAAACCAAUUGCGAAAUAAAUAUGUACAGUAUGUACGCAGAAUAAAAUAACUGUGAAGUGGUGUGUGGAAACUUUCUUGCAGAUCCGAAUUUGCAUGUUGGAUACCAAAGUUCAUUUGAAACGUGCUCAAGGCCAUUGCAACUGGAUGUUGGGCAACUGAGCGACGAUAUCACCUCGAACACAAGAGGUCCAAAACACUCAACAAUUAUCUGUUGGUUGAAAAUAAUCUCAGAUUGAGACUCAUAUAAGAGCGUGUCAUAUCUGUGUCCGAGCAAGUGCCAUCAUGGUUCGCCUGACAAAAGUGUUGCUCGGUUUAUCUUUGCUGUGCUGUGUUCUUGGUCAAACAUUCAAAGGCCGGGACGAUGCAGACGGACCACGCCAGUUCCUCGGGGGACGCGUGGGCGGAGAGGCACGCCUCCGGAUCACCUGCGCUGGCUGCGAGACCGCGUUCCGCGCCAUCCUCGACUCCUACCGCAGCGCCGGCGACAUCUCCGCGGCUGCCGAGACGGCUGCCGGCCUGUGCAAGAAGCACCAGCUCUACGCGGACGCAGUGUGCGAGGGACUGGUCCGCGUUCGAGCGGGCAUGUUCAAGUACCUGGCAGACCACGAGCGGAACGGGACGCUGGUCCAGAGGCUGUGUGGCCUGCUGGUGAGCCAGGGAGACUGCGUGCUGCGAGACGAGUGGACGGUGGGCGUCGACCUGGGCCCCAAGCCGCCCCCCAGGACUCCCCGGGUGCAGGAGGCGGAGACGCUGACCGUCGUGCAACUAUCGGACGUCCACUACGAGCCGCAGUACCUGGAGGGCGGCAACGCGGUGUGCGGGGAGCCCGUGUGCUGCCUGGCGUCGCAGGGGCGAGGGGCGAACCAGUCGCUGAGCGCGGGGCGGUGGGGGGACUACCGUGGCUGCGACGUGCCCCUGGACACGCUGGAGGACGCCCUCCGGGCCGUCUCGCAGCGCCACCCGAAAAUAGACUACAUUUACAUGACUGGUGAUUUGGUAGAUCAUAGCUCCUGGCUGGUCAGUCAAGAGUUCAACACGAAAGUCAUCACCAAAGUGGUUGAAUUACUGAUGAAAACAUUCGGGGCCACUCCAAUAAUUUUCACUCUCGGUAACCACGAGGCAGUGCCGGCAAACUGCUACGCUCCCGUGGAAGUGACCGAGAAGGGCGCGUCCCUCCGGUGGCUGUUCGAGCUGGUGUCGGAGCUGUGGUCGCCCCACAUCACAUCCGCGGCCAAGCAGACGCUGCUCCAGGGAGGCUACUACACGCUGAAGCUGCGAGAUGGCUUCAGAGUCAUCGUCCUCAACAACAACGUGUGCUACACCAGCAAUCUCUGGCUGGCGUACGAAUCCGAAGACCCUUACAACCAGCUCGCGUGGUUGGCUGAAACACUGCUGCAGGCUGAGAAGAACAACGAGAAGGUGCAUCUCUUGUACCACAUCCCAAGUGGCUACUCGGAAUGUUUCAGCACUUGGAGCAGAGAGUUCAACAAGAUAGUGGACAGGUUCGAGAGCACCAUCACCGCCCACUUCAACGGCCACACGCACAGCGAUGAGUUCCACGUGUUCUACUCGGCCGAGAACGCGUCCAGAGUGAACGGCGUGGCCCUGAACGGAGGCUCCGUGACCACAUACUCUGACGUCAACUCCAACUACAAGGUGUACACCGUGGACCCUAGAUCCUGGUACAUCCUCGAUGCUGAAAGUUGGGUGUUCAACCUCACAGAUGCCAACCUGCAUCGCAACAGCACUCCAGAAUGGUAUCGACAAUACUCGUUCAGAGAAGCGUAUGGAGUCAAGAGUCUAAUUCCUUCAGAAGUGGAAACUGUGGUUAAUCGCAUGGCAAAGAAUCACAGUUUACUGCAAAAGUACAACAGCUUCUACUACAAGGACGGGGAUCCCUCGCUGGCCGCGGGCUGCGACGAAGCCUGCCUCAGGAAGAAGUUGUGCGACAUUGCGACGACGGACAGCAGCAACUCGACUCACUGCCGAUUGGUGGAGGCCGAGUUCGACAAGGCCUCGACCGCUCCCGUUUCGCAGACGCAAACAUGACGCGGUCAACCGCACGGCUGAAAAUGCUUUAGCCCUUUUCGUACAAACAAUAAGAUCAUGUGUUCAAAGAUGGUGUUGAAGUAAAAAAAUUAAUAAUUGGU